UGACAACAGGUGUAGAGUUUGAACUUCAAAGUACGGGUUUAGAAAUAUUUUUUGUUCAUUUUAUAUUUGCUUGAAUCCACAAAGAGACCACGAAAUAACAUCGAGUCAGAACGAUAUUUUGUCGAAAACAAUGAUUUAGAAUCAUCUCCAGGAAUCGUUUUUGCGUAAGGAAAGGAUUGGACAGAUACUUGACGAAUAAGAUGUCAAUAUAGUGACAGAGUUGCCUAAAAAAAUCUUGUUAUGGCUUCGCUUUGGCCAUCUCCUUCUGGAAAAUGGACGAAGAUUAGUUUCUCUGAUGACAUCAGUUCCCGAACAUAUACCGAAGAUGUCCCGAAGUGUGUGAUACAAAACGACAGUGACGUAGAUAGUGAAGAUGACGCAUGGAUGUCUCAGUUGGAAAAAGAUUAUGACAAUUCACAAAGACGUCGAAGACGACGAACAUGGACAAGUUAUGAACGAAGAGUCACAACUGUUCUUGCUGUGUUUGCAAUAACCACUGUUUCUUUGAUAUUCAUGAUUGUUUAUAAAGGACAUUUAAGGUUCCCCUUCAUGUGUAAAGACGAGCAGAUGUGUCUUACAAAAGCCUGCGUUCAGGCGGCAAAUCAACUUUCUACAUUCAUCAAUGAAGAAGUAAAUCCUUGUGACGACUUUUAUGAAUAUGCAUGUGGCCGUUUGGAAAAAGACAAUUCAAUCAAACGUGGAUCUUCAAACUUUUCUUCCUUUGAUCGCAUUGAACAAAACAAUGAAAUGAUUUUGAAGUACAUCCUAGAUGGAGAUGAUUUGCAGAAUCAUCAAAGUUCUGCUGUCAGAAAUAUGGCUCAUUACUAUGCUUCAUGUCUUGAUCAAAAGAUGAUUGAAUCACUAGGAGCAAAACCACUGCAAGAUCUCAUUAAGUUCGUGGGCUCAUGGACCGUUACUAAUACAGCAUGGAAUCCAGAAGGUUGGAAUUUUGGUCAAGCACUUACACAAAUUCACAAAUUCAAAAGCAUGCCGCUGUUUUACAUGUUCGUGGCUCCAGAUGACAAAGAUUCAUACCGUAAUAUUAUACAGAUAAAACAAGCCGGAAUAACUUUACGAGAUGAAGAAUAUUAUCAUCGUAAAGACGAUGACAAGUUAAUCUUAGCCUAUAAAGACCUAAUGGAAAAGACAGCAAUGGAGCUUGGAGCUCAGGACAAGAAAGAUGUCGUGAAACAAAUGAAUGAAAUUCUGAUUUUUGAAAGAAACUUAGCAAAACUUUAUGAAGACAAGGAAAAACAAAGAUACACUGAAAAUAUUUACAAUAAAAUGACAAUCGCAGAUUUGCAGCAGUUGGCGCCAUCGGUUAAUCCCUGGAUGGAUUACAUGAACAAUAUCUUUAAAAGUCCUGUCACUUUCUCGGAACCUGUAAUCGUUUUUACACCCAAAUAUCUGAGAAAUAUGUCAGAACUUGUUACUAAAACUGAAAGAAGAGUGCUAGCCAAUUACAUGGUGUGGCAUUUGAUCAAACCAUUACUUCGUUUACUGUCCCAACCUUUUCGCAACAUCUACGCAGCUUUUGAAGCGGUAGAGAGUGGUUCCGUACCAGAAAUAUCAGCAAGUUCAAAGUGUGUAACGAGAACUGAGUCCUUGUUUGGUUUCGUAACUGGAAUGUUGUAUGUAAAGGAGAGAAAUGGUGUAAACGUGAAAUAUGAGGCCUCCCAGAUGAUUGCAAAUAUCAAAAAGACAUUUGAACAAAAUAUUCAAAAGAUUAACUGGAUGGAUGAGUUUGCAAAAGAAAAAGCAUCGGAGAAACUAAAUGCAAUGAUUGAAUUGAUCGGAUAUCCUUCAUGGAUAGAAGAAAUCACACAAUUAGAUAAUUAUUACUUAAACCUGACAAUGAAACACGACGCUCAUUUUGAGAACUAUUUAAACGUAAGAAGAUUUUUCCACGAUAAAAUGAUGAGAAAACGUUCAAAACUUGUGGAGAGAAACGAAUGGCAUCUAACACCUUCUCAAGUGAAUGCAUAUUACAGUCCGACAAAUAACUACAUUGUGUUUCCACUUGGUGUUCUGCAGAGACCACUUUUCGACGUUUCAUGGCCAAAAUAUUUAAAUUAUGGAGCAAUUGGAGCGAUCAUGGGUCAAAAGAUCACUCAAGGAUUUGAUAGCUAUGGAAUGAAGUUUGAUAAAUAUGGAAACAUGAAUAAAUGGCGGGAAAAUGAAAUGCUCAGUUAUUUUCAAAACAAGUCAUCGUGCUUGGUAAAACAAUACAGAAACUAUACGUCCAAAGAUUUUCAGAUUAAUGAUCAAAAAAGUUUGUCUGAAAAUAUUGCUGACAACGAAGGAAUCAAAUUCGCCUUUCAGGCUUACCAAGAAUGGUUAAGACACAACCCUAUAGAGCAUAAGUUACCGUCGUUAUCUUUGACAGCACAACAGUUAUUCUUUCUGUCAUACUCUCAGGUUUGGUGUGUGUCCAAUAUAAGAAAACAAUCUUCGUUGACGAACAUGCACAGUCCAGAAAAAGCUAGGGUAAUGAUUGCUUUAAAAAAUUCACAAGAAUUUACCAGUGCCUUCAACUGUCCUCGCGGAAGUAAAAUGAAUCCUGUACAGAAAUGUCAAGUCUGGUGAUUAAAACUCGAAACGCUAGUUUCAGUAUAUUCUAAAGCUAUAAAUUCUAUAUUUUAUCUAUAUUUCAAUCCUUAAUUUCUAAACUGGAAAUAGACAUGUUUGAUCGUCAUACACACCAUAAAUAUUACCAUCAUGACUGACGGACCUUCAACCAUUAAAACGAAGUUGUAUUUCCAGUAUCGUAAA